CGCUGGUAGGGGUUCUUGUCAAAAAAUUAUUGUUUUCUGAUGCCGAAGAUUUAGUAAUUAGCCUGUGUUUUUGUUACUAAAUGACUUAUUUGGUGGUAUGCCUAUAUUUAAAUUGAGUUUGCGUUUCCCAGAAGUCCAUAGACUUAUUGGUUAAAGAACUUCAGACAAUGAUUUUUAGCUAAAGUAAAAUCGGCAGAAGGACGAAAUGUAGCAUUUUUUGCAUUUACCUCAAAAUCCUUAAGCGCGUGUUCGUUCUACAGGACCUGAAAGAAGGGCACGGUGAACCUAUGACACACUGAGACGGGUUGCACAUGGGCGGCAUAGGUGGCAAUCUUUACCUCAGUAUGUUGAAUGGGAAUGAUACGCAAACUUUCGGAAAAGACAUCGAUAUCCACAAUCCCAUUCAACGCAGCAAGGAUUUAGCGGAGUUUAAAAUGGGAAUUCAGGACACCAGGUUCUAUUACCAAGACUCAAUUCAAAAUGGACAAGACGCGUUGGCACUGCCGUACCACGCAGAUCAAACUGUGGCCGGAUUCGGAGCGCAACCCGGGAGGUUUUACUCAACUCCCCUAAAUAGCUGCCAUUUCAGCAGUGUCAGGUCGCCGACUCGAACUGGGACGGGACAGAAUUAUUUAACACCUGGAGAAGAAGGUUUCUCAACAACUAGCAAAGAAGCUUACUGUGGCUCUCCGGAGAGUUAUUCCACGCCCUUUCAACACGGGUACCCUCGCGCGCAACUCUACCCUUUACCUGGCCUACAGGUGUGCGGUAAAACGCAGGCAAUCCUCAACAACUAUCCUCUGUGGGCAAAGUUCCACAAAUACCAAACCGAAAUGAUCAUAACGAAACAGGGGCGGAGGAUGUUCCCCUUUCUGAGUUUCAACAUCAGUGUUCUAGACCCGUCGGUACACUACAAUGUAUAUGUGGAUGUGGUCCUGGCCGACCAGCACCACUGGAGGUACCAGGGAGGGAAGUGGGUCCAGUGUGGUAAAGCGGAAGGCAACAUGCCAGGGAACAGGACGUACAUGCACCCUGACUCCCCCAACACAGGGGCCCAUUGGAUGAGGCAGGAGGUUUCGUUCGGCAAGCUGAAGCUCACCAACAACAAGGGCAGCUCCAACAACGUGGCACAGAUGAUAGUGCUGCAGUCGCUUCAUAAGUACCAGCCACGUCUCCACAUUGUGGAGGUGAAGGAGGAUGGUUCUGAAGACCCGUUCCUCACUGCCAAGGCCCAGACCUUUGUCUUCCCAGAGACCCAGUUCAUCGCUGUCACAGCCUAUCAGAACGCAGACAUCACUCAGCUGAAAAUAGACCACAACCCUUUUGCAAAAGGUUUCCGGGACAAUUAUGACACGCUGUACGCACAGACUGACUCAGACCGCCUCACCCCCUCGCCUUCCGAUGGCCAGCAGCUCCUGGCGGGGCCCUGCUACACCCAGGGGUACCUGACGGAUCAGUACAUGAACUCCCUGCCCCAGGGCCGCUUCUACAGCCGAGAGCACAUGGCCGCCAUGAGUCAGCCGCCCAAAGACCCCUCAGCCACCCCCCACGGCCGCUGGUACCUCCCCCCCCAGCAGGGUGUCGCCUCCAACCGACUGGAGUUCAGCUCUUACGACGGCGACUUCUCCAGUCCCGGCUUCUACAAGCCCUUCCCGCUGCAGUCGUCAGCCCACCACGCGCUGGGCUACUACGGGGACAGCCCCUUUGCCUCAGCCAGCGCCGGGCCCCCGUCGACAGGCUGGAACACCGCCCGGCCCACCCCCCAGUACCUCAACCACCCCCACCCCGGUAAAGCCGGUCACGGCCUGGGCUGGUUCAGGCCGGUGUCCUCCGCCUCGUCCUGCUCCACCUCCCCGGGUCACCCCAGACUCCACGCCCCGUCCCUCCUGGAGCCGCUGCGCCCCGCGCCCCCACCACCCGACAAGCCCAAGGACGUGGGGGCGGAGGACCCCUGGCUGGAACCCCCCUCGGUUAAAUCGGUGGACUCGGCCGACUCUGGCCUGUAUGAGGGCGUGGCGGAGAGCAAGAAGCGACGGGUGUCGCCGUACGCCUCCAGCACGGAGAACUCGCCGCCCACGCGCGGCACAGAGGUGUGCGAGAAAGACGGUGGCGGUGACGCUGGCUACUACGGCUUUUACACCCACUGAAGCCUCCCUGAUUGCGUGACAAACCCUCCGCCGGUGUCCUCCCCCCCCCGUCCUUAGUGUGCCGUGGUAUCUCCCAAGUGUGUCACUUCCUGUCCAGUGAAGUCGUGUUAUGGCGAUGGACCGAAACUCCAUUGGCCACGGAGGUCCAGCGUAACAGAAGGGGCCGAGGCCGAUGCCCGGCACCUCUGUCAUUUUCACACGUGCAGAUAGAUGGGUCCUCUGUGCAGCGCAGUGGGGAGGCUGCUCCGCGCACGAGGCCCUCUCUUUUGGGCGUUCGUUGCUUUUUUGAGAAUGCAGACUUUCUCGGUUCAAACAGGAACACAGUGGAGGUUACUGUCACAGUGUGUUUUUGACUGGGUCCACGGACACUGCCCUAGAGGCACAUAGACACGCAAACCUUUGACUUCAGUCUUUCUAACGUCUGGAGAUUAAAAAAUAAGACGUCUGCACACCUGCUGACAGGACCCUGCAGGGGCUGUCCACUCCUCCCACAUCACACACACACACACACACUUCUCUGUUCCCCUCUCUGCUUUCGGUAUGUGCCCACGGUCAUGUGCCCCGGUGUUCCCACAUGCAAACAGAACUUGUUGCAUGCUAAAGGGUGUAAGACAGCCCCCCAGUCAGAGGAGUCUGGGAUACUGGGGGUCUGAAGUCACAUGACGCUGGUUUGUUAGAGCCAAUUCCAAAACCAUCGGAAAUGAGACAGGAACAUAACUAAGACCUCAUUGUUUCUCUCACUUCUGUUGCUGUGGUACGUAUACACGUAUAUCUUGGGGGAUGGUGAAGUCAGAGGACGGACACAAUUAGUGCUUGGUGAGUGACAGUGCAGCCAUGAGAACCUAAUUUACAAACACGUCACGGGAAGUUGAGCAAAACACACACACACCUUUUACCUUUAAGACAACAGGUGCAUGUGUCUAGUCAACACUGCUUUCCGAGAUUGAAUAUGAUCACUUGUAAGAUCAUUCGUUUUUUUGGACAACGUUUUUAAGUACCCAACGUACGCUAGAUGUUAAUUCUGUUGACUCAGUCAGAGUUUCGUGUUUUGUGUGAUUUAUUCAACAGGAAACUGCCCUUUUGUGUCAGGCUAAAUGGCCUUUCUACGAACAGAUGACGGUGCAGUAGAUCGAAGGAAGAAAUCAGUCAUUCUAUGGCCAAAAGUUAUAGGAUAGUGCUCAUGAAAACAGAAUUCAGCAUAACCUUGCUGCGACACCUUCCUGAUGCAAUAACACAGCAGCACACUGACACGUCACGUGACAUAUAUUUCAAUAGUGGGAAUUUACUGGAAUUCUAGCUAGAUGUUUUCUUAGGUAGAGUUUCUGCUGGACACUGUCAAAAACAUACAUGACAUUGCGAUCAUUAGACUUUUCAUGAUGUUUAAUUGUUACCCGUAAGUUAGAAAGCGACAUGGCUUUUCGAUACAUUGUCUCCAAAUAAUGACAGUAUGUUAAGAGGUGACUUUUUCUUUUUUUAUGUUAAGUGCAAUUAACAUAUUUUCAUUGUUUUUAACUAUGUAAGAAGUUUCAUAUUUUAAUAAGUGGUUGACAAAGUGUUGUCAAAGAUUAGACGAAAACAUUCACGAUGUUUUGUUACAAUGGCACAGAACCCGCAGUAAUCUGAUUGCUAAGUGACAGUUUGACUUGAAACAGAACUCCAUGAGGACUGAGUCAGGACUGCCUGCUAGUUAAUAUCUCCCUCACAAUGAACUAAGAAAAGAACUCACAGCAUAUAUACAGUCAUACUUCCAUAAAUACCUUACCCAUGAUUCACUGCCAUUUUUGCAAGAAGGAGAAAGCUGUGGUAAACUUGACAGGUCAGAGGCAGUUUCAUUAGUGCUUAAUGUACCGUUGGCUCCACAGUAAGGCAACCUGCCUCCCAUUCUGUAAAAUAAAUUAUCCAUGUUUUUAUAAAGUUGUAUGAAUCAUUAAUUUAGUCAGUCUGAGGAGGCAAGAUGU